GUCCGUUUCCGGGGUGGAGCCAGGGAGGGCGGGAGUUUAGGCUGCGCUGACCCCUCUCAGCCCCCCCUCCAGGAGACGUUCGGAGCCCAGGAAAUGUCGGGAAUGAGGAGAUACGAGGUGGCGCUGGAGGCGGAGGAGGAGAUCUACUGGGGCUGUUUCUACUUCUUCCCCUGGCUUCGCAUGUGGCGGAGGGAGCGGAGCUCGGCGCACCCCGGGGAGCAGAAGCUGGAGCCUCUGCGAGGCCUGAUGAGCUGUCUGUCCAGCGGCCUGGGUCCUACUCCCCAGCGCUCGGGUCGUGGCUUCCCCCGCCGCAGCCCCACCGCCGCUGCCCAGCCAGCCAGUGCAUUAAAGAUUUAAACCGAA